AUUUGUUAGAAGAUCCUUAAUAGUUAACUUGUUUUUAUGAUUACAUGAUAUAUUUCAAUAUAACAAUAAAAUUCUAAUUAUCAAUGAGACAGUAUUUUACAAAAUAUCGUGGCUCAAGCAUUCAUUGAAAAUACAGAUCUUGAUAAGUUUACUCUGUCUCACCUUGUCUAAAAAAAAUCGAAGAAAAUUUGUCAAAACUUUCUCGUUCCUUAAAGAAUACUGUCCUAAGAAAGUUUACCGUGGGUUGACUUAUUUCCAAAAAACGAUCCACUUAGGAAAGAAAAAGAAAAAAAAAUCACCCUCAAUAAAAUUGGUAAGGUAACGGUAUCUUCGAAACCAUCUUUCCAGUUCUUUAGCAAUGUCAUGUAUUUAAGACGUAGUUGGUUCGGUCAAUUGUUUUGCGGUUGCUCAGGUCGUACACCUGUCCGUCGUGAAGUUGCAGACGGGAGUAGGAAGGGGUUAUGGUCAAUAAACGCAACCACGUCACACGCAGCCUAUCGGCGACCCCGCUUGGCCCCUUAAAGUGGCUCCGAACGAAAAUCUUACAUGUCGGCCGAUAUUGCUUUUGUGCGUUUGUCUGCAGGAUAUCUUAAGAAAAAUCGAAGUAAUUUUUCUACGAAUGCCGUCAUUGGAUGUGUUUCAUCGUAAAGAAGAUACGGAUGUAAAAUGAGAUCAGUUUGUGCCACGAUUUAGCUUUACGGAGGGUUAAUCGUCCGUUUCAGUGAACUGACCGAAUUGCGUCCGCCAUUGUUGUGAUUGGUGAACGUUCCAGAGAAGACGGCGUUCUUAUAUUGUCGCGCAUGCGCACAUUGUACUACUUGACGACGCUCUUCUUUCGAAUUUUGGAAGACACGCACACACAAAGCAACGUAAUACAGGUAAUGUCUGAGAUACAAAAAUAACGUGAACAUUUAUAUACAAAAAAGUAUGUAAGAAAAAUUAAUAAAUACCAAGUAGGAGACCAGAGAAUUAGCUACAUUUAACCAAAAACGUAUGAAUAAAAUAUAUUUUGUGAAAAGUUUGGUAUUUGAAGAUUACAAAAAUGACAUUGUAUAUAGUUGAUUGUAUCUAUGCUGUGCAUAAUUGCAUGUUAUGCCUAAGGCUAAGAAGAAACCUUACCUUAAAAAGGUAAGGGAAAUGCGAGAAUAUAGACGGCAAAAAUUAAGAAGAGAAACAGAAGAAGAACGCGCCAUUAGAUUAAACAGUGCUGCAGAGAGAAUGAAGAACGCUAGAGCCAAAGAAACAGAGGAGCAGGCAGCAAUAAGAAGAAUGCAGGAAGCUCAACGUAUGGCUAGGCAUCGUGCUAAAAAGAAGCGUUGUCUGGAUGAAAACUUAGCAAGGGAAAUUUCAAAAAUUGCUGAACUUUCAAAGAUGCCUGAUGCAGCAACGAUAGCUCAGAUGUCAGAAAUGAAUAUGACUAAAAUUUCUGCUGAGCUUAAACAAAUGAUGGAGAGAGGAAAGGUACCAGAACAUAUAGUUCAAAUGGCUCAGCUUGCUGAAUUCAGUAAGAUGACUGAAUUGAAUAAAAUGUCUCAGGAUAUGGCCAAAAGAUAUGAAAUGGAAAAAAUGGCAGAAUAUGCCAAGACAACAGAAUAUAUGAAGAUGCAAGAAAUUGCAAAGAUGUCUGAAAUUGCUAAAAUGAAUGAGAUGGUGAAACUGUCAGAAAUGGCAAAAUAUAAUGAUAUCACAAAAAUAAAUGAAAUUGCUAAAAUGAAUGAGAUGAUGAAGAUGUCUCAAAUGGCAAAGAUUAAUGAAGUUCAAAGGAUGAAUGAAAUAGCUAAAUUAAAUGAAAUGGUAAAAAUGACAGAGAUGGCUAAAUAUAACAACGACAUCACAAAAUUAAACGAAAUCGCACAAAUCAAUGAGAUGGCUAAGGAAAUUGCAAAAAUGAAUGAAAAGACAAAGAUGAAUGAGAUGAUUAAAAUGGCAAACAUACAGAAUGACAUCACAAAAAUGCCUGAAUAUUCGAAAAUGGCAGAAAUGGCAAAAUUAACAGAACUGGCUAAAUUGAAUGAGAUAACGAUAACGAAGUUAAACGACCCACCACCACCGAAGGUACCAGAAAUUCCUCGAAUUCCUGAACCUGUGAUUACAGUGCCAAAUCCAAGAAAUUUGCAAAAUGUUCAAACUGUUCAAGUAGCGCAGGCAAGCCCAUCCAGUACAAUAAACUUCCCUACUGUGCCUGGACAGGGUAAAUAUGCUCAGUUAUUGGUUAUUAUUGAGGAACUUGGAAGAGACAUUCGUCUUUCGUAUGCUGGAAGUCGUAGCGCGGCUGAACGCCUUAAAAUGGGUAUUCAGCAUGCUAGAAUUCUUGUAAGAGAAUGUUUAUUGGAAACGGAACAUAACGCGCGGCAAUGAUCUGCCGGCAUACUUAGUGACUAGAUUUUUAGUCGAUUAUUUUACAGGAUAAUGCUAUGUACAUUGUAUGAAGUACAGCAAUAUAUUUUAAAGGGAGUGUCUUAGCAUCCACAAAAAUGUGCUUGUGUAUGUAGCAUUUAUUAUUUCAUAUUUUAUAUGACCAAUUGUAAGUUUCUUAAAAUAAAUCUAAGCAGCGAGUAUUUUUAAACCAUAAAGAGAUCAGGAUAAUAGUAGUUUUGUAACUUCAUAUCAAUUUUCGUAUCAACUGAACUGACUUGAAACGUGCAUUUUUGUGGACGCCUAAAAGAAAAUUAAUCAUUUGAUAGUGCAUAAUAUUGAAUAUGAAUAAAUGAAAAAGACAACAGGAUUGUUUCCAUCGUUUUCUUUUUUGUUUUUUUUUUCUUUUUUUGUUCUGUUAAUUAGAGAGGACUAUCUUUAUUUUAUAGAUAGAUACAAAACAUGGAGGAGUGAUACUUUCUUGUUAAGUUAUCGAGAUUAGCAAAUAGAAAAAUUAAUAUUAGGGAGGGACAGUUUGUACAAGAGCUUUCAUUUAUAUUUUCUAAGAGAAAUGUAUUACAUUUUUGGUUGAAACUAUGGGUACCUAGUAAUUACAGCAUACAUGCAGGAGGAGAUUGAUCAAACAAAAUGUACCUAUGGAAAGUAUAAUCCUCGAAUAUAACUGACUACAAGGUAUAUCUAAAUAAAAAAAAAAGGCAAUUUUCUAUAA